CCCCCCCCCUCUCUUUAUAACCAAAUUAACCAAAACUCCCCCUUUUUUCAUCUUGUAGAGUAUAGUUAGUUUACUUGCUUUUUUUCUUUUUUCCUCACUUUGGUUCAGGAAGUGAUUAGCUAAGCUUUCAAAGCUAACCAUUUCAAGUACUCAAAUCAUUUUAAGUCUCUCAAUUUUUUUUUUGGUUUUUUUCCCCCCUUUCGUUUCUUUUUUAUUGGAAUUAAUAAUGGGUGUUCUGUUUCUGAACUCUUUCUCUUGUGCACCAAAUAAACCAUUAACUGUUUUUGACAAUUAUAUGCACAAAGGCUCCUCAUUGAGGAAGAAAAAGAGUUUGAUUAGUUGCCAAGGAAGUGGGAAUAAGAUAAAGAACAGUGGGGUUUCUUCUGUUUUGACAGAAAGAUCACCGUCUACAUUGGCAAACACAGACAAUGCGGCUCUGAUGGAUUCAGGAAACUUGGUUUUUUCUCGAAGUGAAGCAGAGAAUAUUGCAAAGAAAGAAAUGGUGAAUUAUGGUAGAAAAUCGUCCACCUCUUUGGUUGAGAUACAUGAUGGUAUUGGUAUUGUGAAGUUUCUUAGAGGGAAAUGUUUUCUUAUAACUGGUGCAACUGGGUUUCUAGCCAAAGUUCUAAUAGAGAAGAUAUUGUGGACAGUUCCUGAUGUGGGCAAGAUAUAUCUCUUGAUUAAGGCAAAUAACAAGGAAGCUGCAAUGGGAAGAUUGAAAAAUGAAAUCAUAAACUCAGAGCUUUUCAAGCGUCUCCAGAAAACUCAUGGAAAAUCUUAUCAAGCUUUCAUGUUGGAGAAACUAGUUCCCGUCGUAGGAAACGUCUGCAAAUCUGAUAUUGGAUUAGAAGAGGAAUUAGCUGAAAAGAUGGCCAAAGAAGUUGAUGUAAUUGUAAAUUCUUCAGCUAACACAACAUUUGAUGAAAGAUAUGAUGUUGCUCUGGAUAUAAACACAAGGGGACCCGGCCACCUUAUGGGCUUUGCAAAGAAGUGCAAGAAACUCAAGCUCUUCCUGCAAGUUUCAACAGCUUAUGUAAAUGGAGAAAGACAAGGAAGGAUUAUGGAAAAGCCAUUUUGUAUAGGAGAAAGCAUAGCAGGGGAAAUUAACAUUUCUGGAAACCCGCCAAAUUUUCUUCCUACACUAGAUGUUGAAGGUGAAAUAAACUUGGCUUUUACUUCCAACAAAGCUUUUCAAAACAAUGCAACCCAAAAGAUGAAAGAUUUGGGUCUAGAAAGGGCCAAGAAGUAUGGAUGGCAAGAUACAUAUGUUUUCACUAAAGCCAUGGGAGAGAUGAUGAUUGAUAACGUGAGAGAAGGCGUACCCGUAGUCAUAAUCCGACCCAGUGUCAUUGAGAGUACUUUGAAAGAGCCUUUCCCUGGAUGGAUGGAAGGAAUUAGGAUGAUGGACCCAAUAGUUUUAUACUAUGGGAAAGGGCAGCUCACUGGUUUUAUAGCAGACCCAAAUGGGAUACUCGAUGUGGUUCCAGCUGAUAUGGUUGUGAAUGCAAUGUUGGCGGCCAUAGCAAAGCAUGGAGUGGCUCAAAAACCAGACAUUAAUAUUUACCAGAUUGCUUCAUCAGUUGUGAACCCCCUAUUUCAACAAGACCUCAGCAGAAUGUUCUAUGAACAUUAUAACUCCUCGCCAUGCAUGGAUUCCAAUGGUAGACCAAUCCAAGUUUCACCAAUGAAGCUCUUCCCUUCCAUAGAAGAUUUCGCCUCUCAUCUUUGGAGAGACACCACGGAACGAAGUGGAUUGGCAGCUAUGGUUUCCUCUAAUCAGAAAAAGUCUCAGAAACUUGAGGUCAUCUGCAAGAAAUCAGUAGAGCAAGCCAAGCACUUGGCUACCAUUUAUAAACCAUAUGCUUUCUACGGUGGAAGGUUUGAUAACAGUAAUGCAGAGAAACUGAUGGAAAGCAUGUGUGAAGAAGAAAAGAGACAGUUUGGAUUUGAUGUGGGAAGAAUAGACUGGUCGGAUUACAUCACAAAUGUGCAUAUUCCUGGUCUUAGGAGGCAUGUCAUGAAGGGCAGAGCAACAUUUAGCUGAAACUGCCUAUGUUCUCUGCUUUCACUGGAUCAUCCAAGUCCAGGAACUGACUGUUAUAAGUGAUAAGUGAUACAAUAGAGGCAAAAAGUGUUGCAUUCCCAUAAAUGGUGUAAUAUGUAUAUGUGGUUAAAUUUCAAUUAUAGGCGUGGGAUUUGUUCAGGGAUGUGGAUCUUCAUGGUGUUGAUUGGAUAUAAUAACAAAUGCUCCAAUUAUGUGUGAUGUACUGCAAGAAAAUUAAGUAUAUAUGAUUAUCAACUAUAAA